AUGGCUACUUGUACAAGAAAUACAUACUGGGGCAUUGCAUAUGUGGAUGCGGAUAUUAGCAAAGAUGACUCUAAGAGCACAUAUAAUGAUGAUUGUGGUCAUGUUAUAACGAUUACAAAGGGAGUUCCACCUGCUAAUGGUUACAAGAGAUAUAACCAUACACUUCAUUUGGGAUUGUAUUUUGUCUGUAUAAGGCGUAGUAAAAGUAUUCAAGCAGGGCUAGGAAAUCUAAAAGAUGGAAUCUAUAGGAAGGUAACUGUGAUUUAUCUCAACUAUGAUGAGCAUAACCUUGUUCCUCUUCUUAUUGGGAUUUCUGGAGAUCGGGAAAGUUACAAAUACUUUUUUCAGGAACAUUAUUUUUAUCACAAUCAAUGGCAACGUCUUGGAGUUUCUAGUGAGAAUGAAAUCCCCCCAAAACUUGGGGAAAUUAGCGCUCAGUUAAAGGAACUUGUUGUACUUCGUCUCACUAAAACUCAAGGAGCAUACUAUGCUAACGGAGAGUCCGGUUCUGCUCCACAGACAAACGAAACGACUAAGAUCAAUGUUACUGAAGUUUCUACCGAAGAUGCAAUCUACAAAAGGUACAAUCAUUUUCCAUCAGGAAUAGAUAGAAUGAGAUUAAUAUCGACAAAAAGUGCUAAUAACACAAACAUUCCAUUUGAUAGCAGCAGUAUAUAUCUCAUAUCUUACGAUUUUGCUAAUGUUUACUUCUGGGCCGGAGACUCUGAUUACGAAAGGCCAUUGUUACUUGAAUUGGCCUCAGAACAAAAAACUUACUAUAAAUUUGAGAGGAGUAGCUGGGUUUCUUGUAGCUUGUCUGGUUCAAAUCUCAAUAAUGAACUUAAUAGAGAGAAUUGUGACAGAAAUAGAGCUCAUCAAAUUGACAUCUCAAAAAACACUGCCAGUUAUAUCUGCUUAACUCAGGGGUGUAAUGUAAAAAUUACGGUAUCACAUUCUAGUAUCCCUACACAUAAUUAUUCACAGUGCAUACAUUCUUUUUAUAGUCGUAUUGCAACAAAAUUUUCUGUUUCAAGGUUUAAAUAUAGCGAAACAGAUCAAUUUGGGUUUCCGUCUGUUAAGGAUGUUAAUAGUAUCACUGUGUUCUGGUAUCCUCUGAGAGAUGGUAAACCUCUUCUAAUUCAUUAUCAAGUAUAUAAUAAUCAAAAAUGGUUUAUGAAAACAAAAGUAGAUAAUACUUGGAAGGAAGUGUCCGAAGAUACUAUUAAGCCUAAUGGUGCUGGUGACCAUGAUGGAAUUAAGAAACUCCUUAUAGAGGCAUCAUCUCCAGAAGUUACCAUUCAACUUGAAAAGGUACCCUCAUCAUCUGGAAGCUAUCAAUCUGAUAAUGAAACUAUAAAUAUUGAAAGGAAGGAUGCCACUGGCGCAAGUGGCUACUCACAGAUCACUCACAAAAUUACUAGAAAGGCAUUUGUAGUUAAGGAUAUCCAACAUAGAGGUCAAUCUCAGACUUUAAAGGAUACUGCUACAUUUCCUACGGAUCUUCUUGAUAGUCUCUCAGUAUUUUAUGCCAAGUCAGAUUCUAAAGUCUCCAAGCCACUCCUCCUAGAGCUGAAGUUGCAAGAUGUGGCAGAAUAUACCUAUUAUGAGAAGACAGAAAAGGUAAAUGAGUGGACGUUGUACUCUAGAACUGAAAGUACUCAGCAACUUAAUGGAGAUCUUCUAAAACAGAAACUCGAUGAUCUUAAUGGUAUACAUCAUCCAAAGACACCAACACCUGAACAGAGUACAGAUGCUAAAUCACCUAAAACUCCUCCAUCUGAAUCAGGCGAAUUGGAGGAAUCUAAACCAAAAUCUCAUGAUUCUACCCCUGAAAAAUAUCCAUCUUCACCAGUCGGUCCGGCAGUUGGAGGAACCAUAGGGGCAUUGGUACUAGUAGCAGUUGUUGGCGUCAUGGCAAAGAGGCACUGGCCAACUACAGAAAUAAAGUAUAUAUUAUUUCAUAACGUUCGUUCUGUAUAG